GGAUUAGAUGAUUAUCCAGGAAUAAAACGCUUUAUUUUCUGUUGAAUUUGUCUGUUUGUUUGCUUGUUUUUCUCUCUUUUUUUCCCUCGUUUACAAAAGCCUCUAAGUUUAACUCUUUUUAAGUUUUAACUCAGUAAAGCAAAGCAAAGCAUCAUCACUCACUCAUUCGUCACUUGAGAAGAAGAUGAGAGAGAGACAGAAACCAAAGAUAAAGAUAGAACCUUUUUAGAUAUCAAGAGAGAAAGAGAGAGAAAAUAAAGGAAAGAUAAACAGCUUUUAUUAUAGUGAAGAGAAGGAGAGAGAGAGAGAGAGAGAAAGAGAAAGCUGUGCCCUAGAAAUAUGCAUCCCGAUAAGGACUGGUGUAUGCAAAGGAGCUUUUUGUAGUAAGUAAUAACAAACGCUUUCUUCCCACCUUCACAGCUAAAAUGGCCUCUUUUCUGCAUUUCUCAGUCUGCCUUUAAUUUCCUUAACCUCUUCACUAAGACUACUUCACUCUCUUUCUUUUUUGAAAAAAAAAUAAAAAACCCAUCUUCUUCAAAGUUCUUACUUUCAAAAGGUUGGACCUUUAACCCCAGUUCACUAAUAUCGAGGAGCUUCGUUUAUAAAGCUAAAUGUAUCCCUUUGGUUUGUGUUAUGGCUCAAUUCCUUGACCCAUGCGUCUGUGAAUUUUGUUUUGUUGGAAUAUGAAGCAGGAAACAAGUUCUUCUUUGACUUGUUAUAAUCUUUCAUAUGGCUUGUUCUAUUCUAUCUCUUUUCAUGUUGUUUCCAAGAUCUAUAUGCUUUCCAACUGUUUAGUGGGUCACAAUUUAGAGCUUCAUGAGUGCUUUUUCUAUUAUUUUGACUUUGCAAUUUGAAUGGAGUGUUUGGCUUUGCUUUGAACUUAAGAACAGAUAGAGCUAUCUUUUUAGUUACCUUAAAUUAGCUUGUAAGUUGAUUUGAAGGCACAUUCAAGUAUAGGUUAUUGGAGGUAAAUGCAUGGAUCGAAGGGAUGCUAUGGCAUUAUCGGGGUCUGCAUCUUACUAUCUGCAACCAAGAGGAAUAACUGGGUCAGGGUCUGGAACACAGUCUGGGAUGCAUGGAUCACCAGGCAUUCAUCCACUAUCUAGUCCAAAUGUACAAUACCAAUCAAGUAUUAGUGCCACUACUAUGGGAUCAACCUUACCUGUAGAGUCUGCAUCAGGAAUUACCCCUCAUAGUGUCAAUGUAGGCACACCUUCAGCUGUGCCACCUAGUGAGACUGUGAAACGUAAACGAGGAAGGCCCAGAAAGUAUGGACCUGAUGGGACCGUUUCAUUAGCACUGACUCCUGCAUCAGCUACUCAUCCUGGGACAAUAACACCAAGCCAGAAAAGGGGGAGAGGGCGGCCACCGGGUACUGGAAGGAAGCAACAGUUAGCCUCCCUUGGUCAAUGGCUGUCUGGUUCAGCUGGGAUGGGUUUUACUCCACACGUCAUUACCAUUGCUGUAGGAGAAGAUAUUGCAACAAAAAUAAUGUCAUUUUCACAGCAAGGGCCAAGAGCAGUAUGCAUUUUGUCAGCCAAUGGGGCUGUCUCUACUGUAACUCUUCGUCAGCCAUCAUCCUCAGGUGGCACUGUCACAUAUGAGGGGCGAUUUGAGAUAUUAUGUUUGUCAGGCUCUUACCUGCUGACCAGCAAUAGUGGCUCUCGCCAUCGAACUGGUGGUCUUAGUGUUUCCCUAGCCAGUCCUGAUGGCCGGGUCAUUGGUGGAGGUGUUGGAGGAAUCCUUAUUGCAGCAAGCCCUGUUCAGGUGAUUGUGGGAAGUUUUCUGUGUGGUGGUUCAAAGACAAAGAACAAGAAGGGGGGUGGUCAAGACGGUCUAAAAGACUCUGAUAAUCAGAGUGUUGACAAUCUAGUAGCUCCUCCUGUCGUUUCGCCAAGUCAAAAUCUGACUCCAACUUCGCCGGCAGGUGUAUGGCCUGGGUCACGAUCAAUGGAUAUGCGAAAUACCCACGUUGACAUUGAUCUAAUGCGUGGAUGACUGUUUACUCUAAUAGUUUCAUGAACAAUGUAUAUAGUUUGCUGUUGAAGGCCACCUGAUUGUAAUUUGAAAGUCCUAUGGUUUGGACAAAAUAGAGGCCAGGCCAGCCUGAUUUUUGGCUCCAUGAUUCUCACUUAAUUUACCCUUGACUAUGACAGACAAUGGGAUUUGUUCUGAUAUUUGUAGCUUGAUGACAGUUAAAAAUUUUAGCGCUCAUGAUUUUCAUUUCUCUAAUUUGAACCGGUAAGAUUGCCUCACUUCGCAGUAUAGGCAGCCAUGGUAUCAUGCUCGUCGUCACGCUCAUCCACCACCAUGGCAACGACUCUGCGCCCAUUACCGCAUACAGUGAUAUUGUCGAUUGUGGAAGCUUUCUGCUUGUUAAAUCAUA